GACUCUCAGGACUCCCUUUUGACAAACAUGUGGGUUUUACCGCUGAUAGGCUACCUAGGCCUCAUCAUAGGCUUUGCCUUUCUUACUCUGGCAAUCGCCUCCGGCCUGUACUAUCUAUCAGAACUCGUCGAAGAGCACACUGUGUUCGCCAAGAGGCUCCUCACGCGCAUGAUCUCUGCUGUGAUAGCGCUUCAAGUUCUGCUGUGGCUCAUUGAUGGCUUCCCUCUCGGACUGAGCCUCCUCAGCGUCGCGUCGCAUGUUGUAUACUCGCAGAACCUCAGGCGCUUUCCGAUCGUCAAACUGUCGGAUCCCAUCUUCAUCCUGUCCUGCAUUCUCGUCCUUCUGAACCACUACCUAUGGUUUCGCCAUUUCUCCGCGCCACCUCCGCGCACCGCAAACUACUACCCCUACAACACUUCGCUUGACCCGAACCUGCCAACAUUCACGGAAAUCGCUUCGUACUUCGGCCUUUGCGUUUGGCUUGUGCCUUUCGCGCUUUUCGUGUCGCUAAGCGCCAGCGAGAAUGUGCUGCCAAGUAUGGGCAGCGAGUAUGCGACGGGUGAAGGAAGCAGUUUCAUGGCUGGAGGAGUAGGCUCAGGGAAGAAGGGCGGACAGGCGAACGUAGGUCUGGCGAAAGCUCUUGUUGAUAGGGCUCGAGAAUGGGUCAGCGAAACCGGCGAAGCCGUGGGCCUUUGGAGAGGAGAGAGGGCCAGGCGGUUCUGAGACAUGGGGAACAAGUGAAGUUUUACUUGUCAGCUGGUAGAGCUCGAGCGACGUAAGCAUGAUUGCAUCCACACGAUUGUAUAUGUCUCGAUAGUAUAUAUAUGGAGUCGAAGCGGAGAACUUUGGCGCAACUAGGCAAAUUCCCUUAAAAGCAACUGAG